GUCGGCUUUUUUUAAGGAGGUGCUUUUUUUUGUUUGAGAAAAGAGCUACUUUUUCACCUGCUCCAUCAAAAAAAGAAAAAGAAGCUAAGAAUUCAAGGCUAGAAACUUCACUCGGAGCCGGAGCCUAGCACGAGUAGUCUCCCUUUGACUAGGGUAAUAAAGUUCAUGGCUCGCCUUAAAAAGAAAAACGAGAGCCGCCGGAACUCCAGCCCUAGAUUGUUAUGAAGACCGGGGAAAACAAAAACAAAUUGUGGAGACGGUACAUUCACCUGACAGUUUUAUUUCGAUCCCAAAUCAUGUAAACACCCUUCACGUGACGACCAAGGCGCUUCAUCACCAUGGCGACAGAUUGGAUUCACAAUGCAGCGGCGGAUGCCGCAAGUUUCGUGGAGUCUCGUAUGGAAGAAGUGCUGUUGACCUUGUUCCAAGAGAUCGACACCGAUGGUAACGGAGUCAUUUCGCAGGCAGAGUUUGUCCAUAUGCCAGUUUCUAGUGCCGAAGCCUUUCGCCGCCUCGUCCUGGAAGGCAUGGAGGUACCAAUUUUUGUUUUGUUGGUUUCAUUGGCAGAAGUUCUGGGAACGUGGUUUUCAUUUUGUAUCCAAUAGAGAAAUCUAGAUCUACAAUCGCGUCCAUUAAAGCAAUCUGUUUGGACGUAAUUAACAAAGUACUCAACUACUUUCUUUAUGACAUCCACAGGCACGUGCCGCGGAUCUGAUGCAGAGCCUGUUUCCGCCAGUAAAGCCCGAGGCAGGAUUCGUCGGGACCUUUCUUUGGCGGUAUUUGAUCCUGGUAGUACUCUUCCAGUUCUUUCUCUAUUUUCUCGAGCACUGGCGGGCAUUGAUGGGCUUGCGGUUUGUCUCCAGUAUCCGGACCAAUGCCGAUGAGGAACUCGGGGAAGACCAAACCAAAUUGAAGAGGGUUGGGAAAGACAUGGCUUUUUACUACGACACACCGCUGACGUCCUACGAAAUCGCGAAGAUGGUUUUCUUCGGCCUGUCCGGGAUUGCAGUGGUGCGAUUCCUGUUUACCAUAAUCAGUUGCUUCCUUGGCAUCUUCUGCCUUUGCGUGGCCGUCUGGCAACCACAUGAGACCCUCUGGUAUCUAUAAGAUUGGUUGGAUAUUUUUUGUCGGCCUGCGUUGGCUUUAGCAGUUUCUCUUUUUCUUUUUCAAGGACGAGCAAAUCCAUUAGGAAUUCUACUGUAGCCGCCUGCUUCUUUUGAAUCUGGACUGAAAUCAUGACGUCAAGAAUUACCGAGUGAGUACUACUUCUCGUCUAUUUUACAAGUACUUCAAUCAACCCAGGUUUCGAAUUUGGUUUCAGCUGGGCACGCUUUGCGCGCGUUCGAUGAUGUUUUGGAUGUGCUAUUUCCGGAUCGACCAGGACGGGCGGUUUGACAAGUCGGCCAAGAUUUUGGUGUCCAACCACCCCUGCAUUUGGGAGGUGGUGAUGCUGUUCUUCAAGUCCGGCGGCUGCAGUUUCGUGAGUUCGGUGAACAACUAUCCUGAGUAAAAACGUACCCACACCAGAGUCAGGAUGAGGAUUUUGCAACACAAACCUAGGAGUUUUGUGAGUCACGCAUGACAAGUUGCACUAUGCAGUGUAGUGCAGGUUAGCAAGUGCAGCCGCAUCACAGAUUCAUCUGCUCACCCUGUUCACAGCAUCACAAAUUCCAAAUACUCGCGAUGUUUUCGCGGUUCUGACCCUAUGCCGCUCCAGCGCCUGCGGAGGCUUGCCUCCCCAGCGAUAAUGGACAAUGGCAAUGUCGGUGCGGUUGUUUUAGCAUCACAAAUUCCAAAACACGACUGGAAAUGGCUCUCAUGGGGAUGCGCAUUACAAGUCCGUCUGUCCUCGCAAAUCUGCACUACAACUCUGGUGUGGGUACGUUUUUACUCAGGAUAACAACCUGGCGUUCCCGGGGUUUCCGCAGGUGGUCAACGCCGCACGGGCGGUGAUUGUCAGCAAGUAUCAAAUGUAAAUAUGUCUGAGUUUGGGAAAUUGCGAUAUUUGCCAUGCUGGUCCGGUAUGACUCUGAAAUCUGUAUUGCGUGGCCGCGAAGAGCUCCUCUCGCCUGUCGUGCAAAAAUGCAGUUUUUCAUGCGGAGUACGAAACUCAGAACCACGGAAAAACUUGCCAUGCUGUGCAGCGCAUUACAGAGUGCUCACUCUUCCCUUCCUUGCAUGACAAGUUUCCAGACCCAGACAUAUUUGCAAUGCAUAGCGGGGACCCCGAGGCGAAGAAGAACACGCUGCUCGAGAUCAAGCGUCGCACCAACGACCCGAACGCGUAUCAAAUGUAAAAAUGUCUGGGUCUGGAAGAUUGCGAGAUUUGUCAUGCAUAUUUCGGAUCACGCUAAUGGCGUCUGAUGCAGGCAAAAGCAUCACAGGUUUUGAGCACGCCACAUGAUGCCUGUCACGCAUGAGAAACUGCCUACUUGCGUGCCAAGAAAUGGACAGCUUUUGGCGCCCAUGCAACACAAAUUUUUGUGUGUUCCAGAGUUUGCAUCACAAGUUCCAACGCUUCCAGACCCAGACAUUUUUACAUUUGAUAACGCGAGCCAGCUGAUGAUUUUCCCCGAGGGCACCACGGGCAACAACAUCGCCAUGCUGAAGUUCAAGAAGGGCGCCUUCACGCCCGGCGCGCCCGUGCAGCCCGUGUGCUUCCGGUAUCAACUGUAAAAAUGUCUGGGUCUGGAAGAUUCCGAGACUUGUCACGCACGGUUUGCAUGAGCCAUGAUGUCUAUGAUGCAUGCCCUAGCAUCACAAUUUUCUAUAAGAGACUGAGACUCUUGAUGCCUAUUCCGCAUGACAAAUGCCCUCUCCGCGUAGCAAAAAUUACACUCCUUUUGCUGCUCAUGCAACACAAAUUUUUUAGACAUCCAAAUGCAGCAUCACAAGUUGAGUUUUUCCAGACCCAGACAUUUUUGCAUUUGAUAUCCGGUUCCCGUAUUACCACUACAACCCGUGCUGGACGGGAGCGGCCUGCGGGGGCAACAACAUGGACAUGCUGUUUUUCCGCACCUGCUGCCAGUUCGCAAACCGGAUGCAGAUCAAGGUGCUCAAGGUGUACCACCCGAGUGAGCAGGAGAAGGAGGAUCCAGAAUUGUACGCGGAGAACGUGCGGAAGAAGAUGGCCCUGCAUCUCGACAUGCCGAUUUCGGAGGCGGCGCAAGAAGACUACGUCACCCACGAACGGCUGUACCGGGACGAGCUGUACAAGCAGCGGCGCGAAGGAAAGGGCAAGCAGGACGCAUGCGCGGCCUCGCCGAGAACGGAUUCGAAGGAGACUGGUAGCGAGCUCGAGCAGCUGGCGGACCAGAAGGACUCAUCAUGUGACGGCAACAAGAAAAACAACUUCGCCGCAGGAGCGGAAAACGCUGUACUGGCAUCAUCUUCGGGAAAUAAAGAUGCGGCGUCUUCGGCAGAGAAAAAAUGCGCGAAGCAAGCUGGUUCGGACGUUAACACUAAGGACGGAGCGAUGUUGCUAGCAGAGGACAGUGCAGAGGGGAGCGGGUCGUUGGGUGCGAAGACCUCGCCGCAGCGACAAGCGCGAAAACGCAAGCAAAAGAGGAAAGAGGGCGAGUCUGGCCACCUAGGUGGACCAAAGCGAGAAGUGAGCAGCAGCAACGUCAGCACGGCGGACGGGCAAGAAGAAUCGGACGGGCCGGACAGCGAAGAAUUUUCGCCGCCUUCUUCAGCCGGGGUCGGAUCCUCCCGCGGUCGCGAAUCAACCAGCGAGGGAGCAACCUCCUCCUCGUCCCCUUCAAGAAAGGGUACGCAACCGCGAAGCAGUCGGACGAGCCCGCCUGCACCGCGAAAGUCCGAGGAGGUCCACUACUUCAGCACGUGGGUAGCAGCGGAUAAUCGACGAAAGAAACUGCAAAAAGCGAUCUCGAAGAUCAUGCCGAAGCAGUUUGUGGUAGGCCCCGAUUCCGUUGCGGAUUCCCUGCACCCGGAAGGUUCCAAUAAUCCUACUGCUGCUAAUUGCUAGGGGACUGCUUCGACUACAACUUUGGCGACUAUUAUAAAAGCGACUCUGCAUCUUUCCGAAGAUGAUGUCCUCGACGAUGCCAGCUCCCCUGCUAUAAUGAAGACUUGUUAUAUGUUGAUCCCACACGACCUCUACCACAUUAUUCCGUGCUUGCCGAAGAUGAUGUUUAUAAAAUCCCUGUGCCUGCUGUCUUGUUCAAUAGUGCAUCCUUUAAGGAGAAACCUGGUAGCACAAGCUCUCGCCCGCUGAUUCCGGUAGUAGUUUUGGAUCACUUUACACCAAAACGCACUUGCAGGCAUCGUAGAGGACAACUGGUCGGACCCAGAAGGGGGUUACGUCACGCCCGCCGGAAUCCGCAACCUGAUGCACUUCAAGUAUGCGGCUGGGAAGUACUCCGCGUUGGACAACGUGCUGAAUCCGUUUUGGUUCUGGUUCAGCAGUUUUCUGCCGGCUUCCGUGAGUCCGAAUCUGGUCACUUUUGCCGGGUUCCUCGUUAUGCUCAGCGGGUUUGUGGUGAUGCUCGUGGUGCACGUAACGAGCGAGACCAUUUCUCCGGAAGCCAGGUGGGCUGGCCACAUCUACUCCGCGGUCGCCAUCCUGGUGUACCAAACCUGCGACGCAGCCGACGGCAAGCACGCCCGACGCACGGGGCAGUCCACGCCGCUCGGCGCGCUCUUUGAUCACGGGUGUGAUGCGGUGGUGGUCUGUUUGAACGGGCUGAUUUGCGUGCUGUGCGCACACGAGCCGUUCAUGCCGGAGAACUACUCCGACCGAAGCUUUUGUGGCUGGCUCAACUUUCUCCUCGUACCGUACGCCAUGUUUGCGGCGCAGUGGGAGCACUACCACACCGGCAUACUACCCGCGGAGGGAUGCACAGAAGCGCAGUUCCUCAGUAUGAUAAAGUUUUAUAGAUCUUGCUUUUGAUGUGUUUUCUGCGACGAAAAGAUAGGUUACUGCGUAUUAACUAUAUCGGGUACAACUAGCGUCUCUUCCGCUCGUUCGCAGCGUUUCUUUGGCCGGCACAUCAUGUUGAAAUAGUUGCAACUCUUGCACUGCAUGGAUUUUUACGAUGAUAGAAGUACUUACUUAUCGCCCUUUUACAGGCGCGGUGUGCAUGGUCGUAACUGGAUGGCCGCUGUUUCGCGAGUGGAUGAAAACCCCUGCCAUCGGCAUCGACUCGCUUUACUGCAAGGACCUGAUUCUCUGGAUCGGCAUUGUCUUUGCCCUUGUUGUGAUUGGCGGUAGUGCGGUCCGGGUGUACAGGCAGUGGCGCAAGGGAGAGAUGGAGACCACGUCGAACACUGGCAAUGGCGGCACUGCAACAAGCGGCGAACACCAUCACCACCAGCAACAUCACCAGAAUGGCAUAAACCCCCUCGGUAACCCCGUGUGGACGAUGCUGCCCCUGUACCAGCACUUCGUCAUUGCGGUGAUCUUUUUCCGGAGCGAGCAGUACAGCCGGACGCCCGUGCUGAUGCUGAUGAUCCUUGGCCUCGCGGCCGUGGAUCUCACACUGCGGAUGAUCGUCAGCGGCAUUUGCAAGAUAAGGUACCCGUUAGUUCACCUGACGCUGCUGCCCAUGGUGUGCUACUCCUGCUUCCUGCUCUUGCCGCAGGAGUACACCGAGCUGCUGGACUUUUCCCGGGGAGCCGCCUGGCGCCUCUUUUCGACGGGUCCGGACGCGGUGUCGAGUGCUAGUGGUGCUUCCCCGAAACGCGUGGGCGUCGCGGCGACGUCCGGUACAACUAGCAGUACCGCGUGCCUCUUCGGAGGCGCAACGUCUUCGCUCGCGUAUCUGUGCAAUCACUGGCGUCUGGUUUUGCUGCUGAUGUGGGAAAUCGCCGCGGUGCUCUGGGUGUCGGCGGACACGAUAUCGCGGAUAUGCGGGUACCUGCGCAUUCCCUUUCUCGCACCGCUGAAGGAACCGUGGUCUCCGAAAGUUCGCGAGUCCAGGAAGAGCUCUGCCCUCCCAGCGACCAAGAAGACGAACUAGUGACGCGUCGCGCGUGCGAAUGCGCAAGUUGUCUUAUGUCCUUGUCCUACUUCUGCGCGCGGAUGCGACUGCGUGCUAUUAUUGCGGCAGUUGCGAUCUCUCAUGCUCGCUAUCACUCCAUUUUCAUGUUACAACAAGCGACUCAAAAAAACACAGCGAUACACGUAUUGAGAAACAUUUAAGUCCUUGCCAAUGACGCAAAGGCGGUGGCCGUUGCGUGCCGCAUCCCUUAUGGAGAAUAAUA